AUGUUCCAAGGGUUGGGCUGUUCGCCCAUUAAAGCGAUACGUAAAAUAGCUUCAGAACGUCAUAUUUGGAAAGGGAAAGCUUAUCUCUAUACUCUCGACAACUGGACGGUUGAUGCUUUGGCGUUCACAGUCCUCCAUUGUGCCAACAAAGCAAAACUGCACCAACCUAUCUGCUUUGAUCCAAGAGGCUGUUUUGUUAAUAAGAUAAAAGGAGAUCAUCUAAUUCUCAGGAUGAAGGCUCUAAUUCUAGUUGGAGGGUUUGGUACUCGAUUGAGGCCAUUGACACUCAGUUACCCAAAGCCUCUUGUUGACUUUGCUAACAAGCCCAUGAUCUUGCAUCAGAUAGAGGCUCUCGAGGCUGUUGGAGUGACUGAAGUCGUCCUAGCUAUCAAUUAUCAGCCAGAGGAAAUGCUGAACUUCUUGAAAGACUUUGAGAAGAAACUUGGGAUCAAGAUUACAUGCUCACAAGAGACUGAGCCACUCGGAACUGCAGGUCCCCUCGCUUUGGCUAGGGAUAAACUGGUAGAUGAUUCUGGUGAGCCCUUUUUCGUUCUCAACAGUGAUGUUAUUAGUGAAUACCCACUCAAACAGAUGAUUGAAUUCCAUAAAUCCCAUGGAGGCGAGGCUUCCAUAAUGGUGACCAAGGUGGAUGAGCCUUCAAAAUAUGGUGUCGUUGUUAUGGAAGAAUCAACUGGGCAAGUGGAGAGGUUUGUUGAGAAGCCAAAAUUAUUUGUGGGUAACAAGAUCAACGCUGGCAUUUACUUGCUUGAUCCUUCCGUUCUUGAUCGUAUUGAAUUACGCCCCACAUCAAUUGAGAAAGAGGUGUUCCCAAAUAUUGCAAAAGAAAAGAAGCUUUAUGCAAUGGUCCUUCCCGGGUUUUGGAUGGACAUUGGACAACCAAGGGAUUACAUCACUGGCCUGAGACUAUACUUGGACUCCUUGAAGAAGAAAUCUUCUCCUAAGUUGGCCUUUGGACCUCAUAUUAUUGGAAAUGUUCUGGUAGAUGAGAGUGCCAAAAUUGGGGAGGGAUGCUUGAUUGGACCUGAUGUCGCAAUAGGGCCUGGGUGUGUUGUUGAAUCGGGCGUUAGACUGUCUCGAUGCACGGUAAUGCGUGGGGUCCGCAUCAAGAAACACGCAUGCAUUUGUAGUAGCAUCAUCGGCUGGCACUCAACUGUUGGGCAGUGGGCUCGAGUGGAAAACAUGACAAUCCUUGGAGCAGAUGUUCAUGUUGGUGAUGAAAUUUACACCAACGGAGGCGUGGUUUUGCCUCACAAAGAAAUAAAAUCUAGUAUUUUGAAGCCAGAGAUUGUAAUGUGA